CCGACAUGGCGGAGAUCCAGUCGCGCUUGGCCUAUGUGUCGUGUGUGCGCCAGCUGGAGGUAGUAAAGUCAAGCUCCUACUGCGAAUACAUUCGCCCGCCCAUCGACCGCUUCAAAACCAUGGACUUUGGCAAGUUUGAUGAGAUCUACGACGUGGGCUACCAGCACGGCAAGGUGGUGUUCAGCGGCUGGAGCCGCGGCGACAUCAUUGAGAAGAUGGUGAAGGACCGGCGCUCGGCCGACUUCUACGAGAGCAAGCGCAUGGAU